GAACAACCUUCAAUCAAGAACAUCUGGGAUGCUCCGAGUAUCUCAAACCCACUGUUGUAAGCUCCCAUCAUCUGUGUGAUCACCGUGGAAUCGUGGCUGUUGGUCUUCCAACAAAAAGAAAGAGAAGCUGGAAGAGCUAUCGCGAUGCAGAAGUUAAAUGCCAGGGCAGGUGGGACACGUGCACUCAGUGGCAGGUGCUGCCACCUGCACUCCGACAGCAGGCGCCGUCACAAUAUUCCUCUUAAAGCUCUAAUAUGACUCUUUCUCUCCUUAUGAAGCCUCUACGAUUAUAGAAAAAUUUAUAGUCUAAGGACAAUAAUUAUACUCGCGAAUAUACGAUGUCUAAUUCUAAUAAUGACCAGACCGCAGUCGCUCAGCCUAUUACUGACAAUCUUGAGCUUCAGCCGAUCGAUGUCCACUCUAUAAUAGAGGAAAAUGUAAUGGUCUUAGGUAGUAUAUUGCAACUAGCUGAUGACGACUCUACGGGUACACUGAACUUGGAGAAGAAAAGGAGAGACGAUAGACUCUGGUAGCUCGCAAGCAUACUUAUCCUCGUGGGCGCGCUGGUCUGAGCGCAUUACUAGAAGAUUCGGUGUGCUGUGGGGCGAGUGGGAAUGGCUUCAUCACGGUCUUGGUGCUGGCCGAGAGUCGCCGAGGCUCACACCGGGCCCAGCCCGUUACAGAAAAUGAAGACCUGCCUCUCUAGCCGAGAAUGAAAU